AUGGGAGUUGAAGGAGAGCUUUUAACGCAGCGGAAGGAUACGUUGGUGUGGCACCUGAACCGUCUGCUGGAUGACAUGUUUGAAGAAGAGACCUGCACAAGGGGUGCUCUUUUGGAUGCUGUGAAGGAUUUAGAAGUAUUCAAAAGUUGUUUAUAUGUUUUAAGCUCAAGAUAAGUGAGUUGGAUGUGGAGUUGUGUGGAGAGGAUAGCCCUAGGGCUGAUAUCACUUCGAUGCCCCUUCUUCUUCGUGAGCGUUCAUUAUAUAACGAGUAUAAGUCGCUGUGUGUGAAAGCAUCCGAGAAUAUGGAAAAAUUCGAGCUCCUGUCUCGUGAACAAGGAGAUCUUUGUCACAGGCUUGGUGAAUCUCCCGUUACUGUGUCCUUUAAAAAGGCCCCAUCGACUUCUCAGUUGGCUGAAAUUCAGACGAAUAUUAAAAAGUUGGAGGAAGAAAAGGUUUUCUGGGUAAAUAAUGACACGUUUCUAGAACGCGCGAAUAAAUGA